GUUUCAAUCAGGCAUCAUACAUACGGACAGGGUCCCGAAACUAGUAAAACUUGAAUGAGUUACUCCAUUAUUACCAUUAUUAAUUACUUCUGUGGUAUUCCUGCUAUGUCAAAAUGUCUAUGGGGAAAAAACAACUAAAAAUUAUUUUGGUGGCUUGACCUGAUGAGUCAUGUAUAAUUAACUAUUUUGAUUACUAUUUUUUGAAUGGGACAUUACAAUAUUUCAGGAAAAUUUGCCAUUAUUCUUGACUUGACAAAAGGAAAUAUACUUUCCAUACCUUUUAAGCAUUUACUCUUUGUUUAACCUGUCAGACAUUCCUCAGGAAAACUAAUCCAUGUCAGAAUGAGAGUAGAGAUUGAUCCUCAUUGAUUCUAGCAAAGUUAAAGUAACACCCAGUGUGAUUAAAUCCUCCAAGAAUGUGUUUCUCAGAAUGGGAGUAAACACAUCGAGAACAUUGUAGAAUAACUAGCGGAACAUUGAUAUAAUAAUUAUGAGGCUUUUUUUUUUUUUUAAACACAUGGUUUCAAAUCAGCAUUGCCUCAUUUCAAGCUCAAAACCAUCUGCAUGUACAUAACACUGUAUGGUUUCAUACACUUUGUAAACAGAAUCUGUUUUCACACCUUUUGUGUCCUUAAACAUCUGUAGUGCAGUAUCCUUGAGACCUGUUUGCUCACGGUGAAUUUAGCUAUCGGAGCUGUGCAUGUAAAUCUGCUAGUCAUAUCAAAUGACAUCCCUUUUGUUCAUGGCCUUAUACCUGGGCUUGUUCAGCUGCCCCUCACCUGCCAUAAUGCUUUGUGAGCACAACUACAUCCCCCAUGAGGCUUUGCGUCUUCACAACAUUUACUGAAAAUGCCGAAAGUACAUUCUACAAGCAAGCUGGUCUGAGACACUGAAAUGUGAAUUUCCCUACACUUCUACAGAUGGAAUUUGUGUUUUGGAUGUAAAACACAACAAGAGAGUCACUUAGUGGCCAGCCAAUCAGUGGUGAUAUCGUUGUCAACAGGUGGGUUGAGUCUCUCUGUUCAUCCAAGCCCUCCCUCUGCUGUGUGGGCCAUCUGGAAUUACAGUGUUCACGGGCUACUGGGCAGGAGAACGAGAGAUGCAUCAUUCGAACACUCUCCUGUUGAUCAUACAGACGAUGAAGCUCCUUCGUGUGACUGUUGGGAGGUGGCUGCAUUGAUUUCAACAGGGACGGGCUGAGCAGACAGGACAAGCUCAAGGGAUGGUAUGGAUGAUCAGCGGCUGGUGUUUCCAUUAUUCAUGUGUUAAAGGUUCUCAGAGGGGAGAAACAAAGCGGCAACAGGGGCAUUGUUCUGUGAAGCAACCAUGGAAGCAAUUGGAGAAACUUCAUUUCCAGAUGACUCUGGGAGUCGGGGCCUGUGUCCAGAGCCUCACACAGGCGCUGCAGCGGCCCCGGGCUGGGCCCACCUCCACAAACCCAUCAUUGUGAUGGUGAUGGGAUCUCUGAUGUCUGCUGUGGGCGGACUCCUCUUCCUGCUCCAGUCACUUGGGGUGACUGAGGCGGCCCGCUCCGUUGCCUCGGCCUGCCUCUCCAUAGGGCUGAUGUUUGUUGUGAUGGGGCUGGUGUGGAUCCCCGUACUGAAAGAGAAGCAGAGGAGGAAACGGUACAGCCAGGCGGCUUGAAUAGAAGUGACUCUACAAUGUGAAAGUGGACAUGCUAUUUUUUGUCUGUGAUGAUGCAACUGUUUCCUUUGAAACAUCCAAUACAUUUCACAAAGCCGGUGUGGUGUUUGCUGAUAACCGCUUGCGUAAAUUGUACUUUGACCACUGCAGGAUUGUCCGUGAGUCAAUGAGGAUUACACUUCAGCUGUCCAGCAGAUACACAUCUGGACUAACUCUGGGAAAAGACUGUUUCUGUUUUGGAGGACCUCUGCUUCCACCAUGUCAACAUCUGUACAGGUAGAGCCAGUCAUGGAGAUAAGGUACGGAGGAGUCGGGCGCUGCAAGUGCUCGUUCUGGUUCGCAGUGGCCCAUGACAUAUUGGGUGUCUUCAUCAUGAUGGUGGGGGUGUUUGGAGGACUGGUCAUCCACGAUUUGUUCAUCUACGCGGGGGCUAUCAUCAUCUUCCUCAGCCUGAUCUGGUGGGUGUUCUGGUACUCGGGGAACAUUGACGUGCCACCCGAGGAGCUGGAGGACGACGUGGGCCUGAUCAAGCUGAAGAACCGUGGACUCAGCCGGGCGGUGAGGCGCGUGUCCGACCGCCUCUCCAGCAGGAUCAGGAACUCUUUCAGAAAGAACGGCAACAGCAGGCCUUCAAACCCCGGCACGGAGGAGUCGCUCUCCACUAUCUACGACACCACCUUCGCCUGCUCCUCUAAAGAACUUGUGAGAGAGACACUGUCAAUAUGAAUUAACCCAUUACAGACUGUAAAUAACACGCUGAACUUGAAUCUUUAUGUUUGUUUUCUUUCCUCCUCAGUUUAUUCUGUUGAAAGGGAUUUUGUGUUUGCACUGCUAUCAUGUAAUGAUUAGGCAACACUGAGGUCUUGUCAAGAUGACAUCCACAUGCUCUUAUCUAGCUGAUAAGAUUGUAAACUUUGAACACUAUAACACAGUGUUGCAAAAAAAAUUGAUUCAGAAACCACGGCAUUCUCAUCAGUCACUAUUUUGCUGUCAAUCAUGUUUGGUUGAUUCACAGAUAUUACAGAGUAGGGAUGUUAAUAGAAAAAUAAGGGACUUAUUUUGAUGAAGCUGAUUGUGUGAGCAGAAUAUUUAUAGCUGCCUUUUUUUUUUAACAAGGACACCAUUGGAUAUAAACCAAACGAGCCAGAAGGAUUAGUCAUGCAAUUUAUUUGUUUUUUAUUUUUAUAUCUCGUUGUAAAUUGAAUCUAUAAUCUCCCCCAUUCUAAGAUUGGAAGGACAGUUCAGUUCACUAAUCCAUCCGUCUCCAACUGAACUGAAAGGUCCCUGGAGGUUUUAAGUCUGAAUUGUUAUUGAAUUGAACUGUAUUUUCAGUGCAGCUGAAUAUUGGACAGUGAAUGGCUUGCAUUUAUUAUUGAUGAAUCAUGUUGCUGUUUGGGGCUUUGGCAAUGCUUCCUUCCUGAGAAAUAUAUGACUACCAAACCAAAAAAGCUGUAAAUAGUCAGAUUAUUUCAAUUCUUCCUUCUUUUUAUUUAUUUAAUUAACUGUUUCACAGCCAUCUUCAGCUUCCUGGAGUAUAAUCUCCAUGUACAAAAUAUACUGUAUGUAUGCAUCCACGUAAAGGAAAGAAUCUUAAGUUAUCUAGAGUUAUCUACAUCUCAGACAGUCUCUUUCCGCUCUGGUCUGACAAUAUCUCAUCUUUGCAAUUCUCUAAUAAAACUCCAACACACACACACUUACGUAUGUUUGAUGCACAGAUACUAAAGCCUUAGAUUAGAUAAAACCAAAGUGAUCAGAGUACAGAUUGAAGAGGACUGUGAUGAUUCUCAGGUCAUCUGAUUACCACUGAUCGAGUCAUGUGAUAUCCAUAACUCAGUUUCGUCUGAUUUAGUGGUAUGGAAGGAAAAUAAAUGUCACACAGACUGUAACGUAAUGGGUGUUCUCUAAUCUGCUGGUUUUCAGUUGAUUUGCAGGCUCAGAGGCUCUUUCUGAGUUUUCAAUGUAUUUUUUAUAAACCAAAGUAUUGGACAAAUUGAAGUUUAACCUGAUGAUGGCGCUAGAUUAAAAAAGUCUGAAUCGUCAGUGAUUACAAUUCAUCUUGAGCCUGAGAGGUUCAGAGGUUGAUUGAUGGGCAAGAAGCAUCCUGAAAUAAAUACUCCAGGAAAGAAAUAGAAGGAAAUUAAUACAUACUCAGAAUAUAUUGAAGCAAAAUAAUAUAAUGGUAAUGCAGUUUUGUAGUAAUGAACAUAUGUAUUUAUUUCAGUAGAUUGAAGUUGUCUGUAUUCUUAUUUUUAUUUUUAACAUUUUAAAUUUAACAAUAUAAUG